UAUAUAUCUCCUGCCUAAUCAAUCUAGCGGCUCCCACAGAAAAUUACUCUCCUCCAUACCAAUCUUUGUUUAUUUUUUGCAUGUCUAUCUGUCACACAACAAUUGUUUAUGUAUAUAUAUUGACGCAUACAUUCACUCUCCAAAUUAAUCAUAAGCUUAUCUAGUUCUUGAUUGUUCAAACUUCAAAGAUCUUUUGAUCCAUCAAUGGCACCAUCCGCUGCAAUGCUCAUACUCUCACAUCCUCUAAUUAGCCACAAAACGAUGAAUCAGUCUCCAUCGUCGCCAGCUGUUAAGUCAACACGUGUCUUUGAUUUUCUUUUGCCUUGGAAGGCAUCAGACGGUGAGGAUCGUUCCGCGGUUGGUCUUGGCCGGCUAUUUGGCGAUCCGGCUACUAUCGAGAAGCGCUUCCAAGAAGCUCUUGAACUUAGCUGCUGGUAAUUUAUUUGAACAAUGUCUUUUUUUUUUUUUUGGGCAAAGUAUAAUGUAUUGUGUUUGGGUUUAUUACUUGUUGUUUCGUUUUCAUGUAAAAAAGCCUUGUCUUGGAAAUGAAAGUUAUGUAAAGUCAAAAAUUGAUUAGGUAUAAUUAAAUGUAUUCUGCUUUAAUUUAAGUUAAAUGUAUAUGUAUAUAUCCA